CACUCUUAUUGGUACGUUUCACAGCCACUCGGAGCACACGUGCGUCUUGUUCUCAGCCUGAACGACGCGGGUAUCGACAUGUCUUGGGGGGCAAGAUUGUUUUCGAUGGGCAUCCCAUGAUUUCGGACGGUCAACUUGAAAAAAGCGAAUCACCGGAACUCGGACUCCAAGAUGGCGUUUCCUCUCCAAGACGUAACCGUUCCCGAACUCAAAGAGCUGUGUCAGGCAAUGUGGGACUGGAAGCUGUGUGGGAAUUGCCAACAAGACAUCAAAGAAAGAAGCUGUCCGCCACGGCGCUGCUCGGGGGUCGACAAUUGUCCCUGGGGCCAGAGAAGUGAACGACUAGGCCCCUUCUUCGACUUCUACCGAGGGGUGACUGGCUCAUACGUCCCGGAUUUCUUUGGUGAGGAGGACCAAGCUCUCCGAGGCCAUCGGGAUCUCUUCGACAUUAUCCGGCUUACCAGGCGAUGCGGUUUCACGGUUCUUCGGACUCUCUGUAUGCACCAGUAUUUCGCUACUCGUCUCGGGGAUGUCGAUAGCCAGACGAUGGUGCCCGAGAGCGACCAAGGCCGCGCAUUCGAUCUGGCGGCACGAGUCUUAACCAUGACGAACCUCGACAGUGCCGACAGUCAAGGCUUUCUCAACCAAACAGGUGGCGGGGACGAGGAAGGCAUCGGUUUCUCGCCACCAGCAGUCCGAGGCUCCAUUGCAUGCUUGCAAAUUGCUUUGGCGGAGAUCUUCCCCUCUCGAAUCCAUCCCAGUUUGCAAGCUGGCGAUCCCCAGGCAACGGUAAUCAAGAACGGCCUAACGGCAGAGAUGUUGAGGAGGGUUGCUGGGAUCAGGAUAGAGCGUACCGAUAACUUGCGGGACCACCUGAGGCUGGAUUCAACGGCUGGGGUAGUGCAGGUAUUUCAUCUAACUAGUGUUCUAAGGGAACAUCUCUUAGCGACAAAGCCCACCGGAAGCGAUGAAGACAGUAGUUAUGAAACUCUUCCUUGUCUUCCACGCGAACUCGCACUGGAGACCCUCUACACGAUUCAGCUUAUCUUCCCGCCGGGCGGCAACUCCCAAGCAAUGCUACGCACUCUAGUGAGCAAACAGGGCUUCGACCCGGACUCGCUCCGGUUUGGAACUGCCUUAUUCGAGUUGAGCCGGCACGAAAGGGAGAGGGCCUUGUGCUUCCCCGUCUGGGGGACGCGUCUGAUGGACCUGUACGAUGAGAUCGAGAACCCAAAACCGCGCGGUAGGCUGGAUGUCUGGCUUGAGCGGAGGAGCAAGUCACGACAUAUCAUGCUCGCGACCGCGGUGGGCAUAUUUACUGCCGUGAUUCUUGGGUUGCUGAGUCUGUGUGUAAGCAUCUUCCAGACUUGGAUUGCGUGGCAGGAGUGGAAAGAAUCGGCCGCUGGUCGGUGAUUGAACUUCUUCAACAAUCUUGUGUACAUAAACAAACGAUUAUCUACAAGCAAUUACGGCGGCGCUGCAGGGCGACCUCAACUUCGGCUGAA